UCAAAAAAGCUGGUCAUAUUUCGCCUCUUUUGUGUGGUUCUGUGUAAGUUGCAUGAAAACGGUGGAAAAGCACUUGAAAGACACCGUGUGUGUUGCUUCGGCAGCCGCAGACACCAUGAAAGCCAGCCUCAAAUAUUGAGCAGGUCAGGAAUGUGAGAAACUCUUGCCCCGCACUCGACUUAACUGCCUGCUUCUACCUGUUUCACUGGUGUCUCCUGCCAACUGAUCCAGGGACAUACUAGAGGGUGUGCUUUCAAGUUAUGAACAAGAAGCAUUGCACUGAUGCCUGCAAAACGGAAGAUAAUGCACAGAUGGAGUCAGAACAAAGAUCCUCUGCUGAAGCCAUUUGAGCAUGGUUUCAAAAGAGAAAUUGUGCUAAGAAGUGACAGUGCUACAAGGGGACGUGAUGUGUAUUAUAUCAGCCCGAAGGGCAAGAAACUGAGAUCCAUGCCGGAUGUCUUUUCUUAUUUGCGGAAACGCGGAGGCACGGAGCUGAGAGAAGUCAACUUCACCUUCUGCACGUGUCCAAUCUACAAUCCACCCUAUGAAGUUGUAAGACAGGCAAAGCCCAGGAGCAUGCUGAAGGCCUCUCGUUGCCAGACUUCUCGUUCAACAUUACACAGGAGCACGAAGAAAUCUGGAGUGGAGGUCCAACUCAGCAGUCACCCAGUUAGGAAAUUGGAAUGUGGACACAAGGUUCCUGCAAACCUUGCGCUGAAAGAACCAAUGGGCAAACAGAGACAGCGCAAGGAGGCUAAAGAGAGACAUGUAGAUGAUUCUGUCCUCAAUUACGGAGACUAUGGAGCUUGUUUUAAGGAACAAAAUGUGAUCUGUGCACAACUGGUGGUAUCCAUCACACAUAUGCCUCUGCUAGACUCGCAAAGUUUGAAAGAUGCCCGAACUGGAAUGGAAAACACGGACACAAGAUGUACAGUUUUCAGAGGUGUGACAGAUGAACGGCCUGGUACUUCUCGAGACAAGAAGGCUCCAAAACUCAUGUCACAGGUGCAAGACAAGGGGAGCAAGAAAAGAAAACUCCCUGGGAACACUACACCAAAGGUGCUGGAUGGGGUAUCUGCGCACACCAACGCUACACAGCUGAAACCCACACCUACAAAGACAGGAGUAACAGUGAUGCCAAGCUACAUCCAAGACUAGGAAGCAGCCAACUGCUGCUUGCUGUCCAAGCCAGACAUAUUUUUGAUACAGAAAGAAGAUGGUUAAGAGCAUCUAAGUUUUAAAGGAGCACUGAGGUGACCCCCAAAGAUUUUUUAGUUUUUCGGUGCUUAGUGUUCUCCAACCAAUAAAAUGAGUUUCUGCGAAAGAAUGAUGAGGAUAGGCUACCUACACAGCGAGCGCGAGAGCUCUGUUCCGCACACUUUUAAAAGAUCCUUUUCCUUGUGAAAAGAGCGCAUCGCAGAACGAGAGGACGUCAUGACGUAUGCUACUCCCCUCACGUGACCAGUGACGUACGGCGGCACAGCUCAAGCAUGUGUAAGCGGCGCUUGAGCAGUGAAGAAAAAAAACGAAGAAACAAAGCACGGAGCCUUCACCACGUCACGAGGGCACCGUGUCGGCCGUCUGCGGCUGCUUUCACCGACUGUUUUUUGUAAAUUCGAUUGCUAUAUAACUCACUGCACAGCAAAAUGUUUUACAUGGUAAUUCCUGGUGGAUAGCUUGACAGAUGAGGCAGGAUUUCGAGCGAUGUUAAAUGUCACCUCAUUGCUCCUUUAAUGAGACAGGACUUUUGUGCAGAAGGUUGCACUUCUUCAGGUCUUCAGGUGACCUGAAGAAGCGCAGCCUUCUGCACAAAAGUCUCAUCUCAUUAAAAUUUAGAUGCUCUUCACAGUCUUCUUUCUGUUGUAAAUUUCUAUUGCCGGAUACUUGCACAUUGCUCUUCUAUGUACUACAAUGACAAGAGGAGUCAAGUUGUGAUCCUUGUCCUGACAACAGAGUGCCUUUCCAUCUUCAGUGAGGAAAGAAGACCUGUUAGAACGAUCAUUUUCUGUGGCAGAAGUAACAUGUGUCGCGUCAGCUACAAACCCUUCUGUCCUCAUUUUGGGCAGGGAGUCACAGUCUGAAACAUUGGAGGAAGAGGUUUCCUGGUUCCGGAAGCGACCACGUGUGACUGCUGUUCCAGAAGAUGUUCCCAAAAAGUGGCGGUCGAAGACCACUGCCAUCAUCGGUGAAAUGGCUGCAGCUGCAAAAAAUGCAAUGUCCUGAAACGAUGUGUCUUCGUAAUUGCGAUUGACAGAAGCAACGAUAGCGUGUCACAGCUCCACCCGAUAGUGGCUACUUAUGACAUAGAGGCAAUGCAGUGGCAAUGCCAUUUCGAAUGCACAAAAUUGAUGUGUCCCCCCUCUCCCAGAUCGUGCUGCGGGCAGUCUCCCGAAUUUUUUGUUCGUCAGGUUGGCAGGUAUUUAUUUAUUCAUAGUGCAUGUGCUGCCAAUCGGCAUGCGUAGCAGGAAUGAAACACGUUCUUUGAGCAUUCCUCCACACAAGCCUGAUUACAACUAGGGAAACACACAUAAGAAAACAUUACUAAUUAGCCUGUUACCAAGUUUAUUAGUUCCAACAGUGUACAAAUGGAGAGGUAUUUAAAAGAAACUUACUGAUGGUUAGCUGCAUAGCCAAUACUCAAGUCCACAAAACAAAAUUGUCAGUACUACCAGCCAAUGAAAGCAGUUCCUUGUGUGACUGCUCUUUUGACAGGCAGAUAGUACAUUUGGAGGUAAGCAGCGUGUGCAGACAUGGGCCAUCAAUGUGCAGAGGCCAUUUUCUGCUGAUAGGAACAUUUGACAAGGGAAUGAAAAGUAUGAAGUAGGCAAAAGUGCUGUUUGAAUUAAGCAGCUUUUCAAUGCAUCAAAAACAUCAUUUGAUAAAAAAAAGAAAUAUGUUUGAAUUAACAGAAAGUAUGAUAUAUCUGAGUUUGAAUUAAUGAAAAUGCGUAUGCGUUGCACGGAACUGUACAUGUGAUACCAUGUGACCAUAAAACUAAUGAAGACAAAUCUGUGUAGAAAAAAAGAAAAAUCCAUCCUCCAGUGUAUCAGUCACUGAAAUGCAUGUGGGUGGUGUCAUUGUUGCAAAUUUCGUUUCACAAAUGUAUAAGGAAGGAGUCUUUGGGAUAGAACUGUUCUUAACUGUUGAGCGUAUGCUGUUGCAUUCUCGCAAUGACACUUCCUAUACUGUUAAAAGCUGGUUUGUGCUUUCUAUUUCCUGGGGGAUAUGUGAUAUUAGUGUUCUUAAGAAACACUGUCUACUGCUUUCCGGGCCUUCUUUUUUUUGUUAUGUGCCCUCCACUGAGAGGUGCUUGUAGCAGCGACACCCCAGCACUGUCUUUUGUGUUUUGUUCUGCCCAGCAUUUCAGUAUAUAUUCUGUAACAUCGAAUAAAGCUUCACAGAAAAUUCAGAAAAAAAGAUUGAAAGUACGGAGUGUUGUUAGCAGUACAUACCUGCAUGAUUUGUGGGUAGCAAAAUGUAAUUCUGUUCUUAUCAAUGAAAAGUUGGUUGGAACAAAUGCUGUUUUUUUUAAAUCUUUACAUCCUCAUAUGAAAAUAUUUAACAAGUUGAU